AUGGUCGGGAGAGUUCAGCCCGAUCGGAAACAGUUGCCGCUGGUCCUACUGAGACUGCUCUGCCUUCUUCCCACAGGACUGCCCGUUCGCAGCGUGGAUUUUAACCGAGGCACGGACAACAUCACCGUGAGGCAGGGGGACACAGCCAUCCUCAGAUGUGUGGUAGAAGACAAAAACUCGAAAGUGGCCUGGUUGAACCGUUCUGGCAUCAUCUUCGCUGGACAUGACAAGUGGUCUCUGGAUCCUCGGGUUGAGUUGGAGAAACGCCAUUCUCUGGAAUAUAGCCUCCGAAUCCAGAAGGUGGAUGUCUAUGAUGAGGGAUCCUACACAUGCUCGGUUCAGACACAGCAUGAGCCCAAGACCUCCCAAGUUUACUUGAUCGUGCAAGUCCCACCAAAGAUCUCCAACAUCUCCUCGGAUGUCACUGUGAAUGAGGGCAGCAAUGUAACCCUGGUCUGCAUGGCCAAUGGACGCCCUGAACCUGUUAUCACCUGGAGACACCUUACACCAACUGGAAGAGAAUUUGAAGGAGAAGAAGAAUAUCUGGAGAUCCUCGGCAUCACUAGGGAGCAGUCAGGCAAAUACGAGUGCAAGGCUGCCAAUGAGGUCUCCUCUGCGGACGUCAAACAAGUCAAGGUCACUGUGAACUAUCCACCCACUAUCACGGAGUCCAAGAGCAAUGAAGCCACCACAGGACGGCAAGCUUCCCUCAAAUGUGAGGCCUCAGCAGUGCCUGCGCCUGACUUUGAGUGGUACCGGGAUGACACCAGGAUAAACAGUGCAAAUGGCCUUGAGAUUAAGAGCACGGAGGGCCAGUCCUCCCUGACGGUGACCAAUGUCACUGAGGAGCACUAUGGCAACUACACCUGCGUGGCUGCCAACAAGCUGGGCGUCACCAAUGCCAGCCUAGUCCUUUUCAAGCGUGUUUUACCCACAGUCCCCCACCCCAUUCAAGAAAUUGGUACCACCGUGCACUUCAAGCAAAAAGGACCUGGGUCGGUGAGAGGAAUCAACGGAUCCAUCAGUCUGGCCGUACCACUGUGGCUGCUGGCAGCAUCUCUGCUCUGCCUUCUCAGCAAAUGUUAA